ACCUACUAUCUAUCAAUUUUUACCGCCCUAUCAAAGGCUAGUGGGUCAAGGUCAAACUUCUUAGAAGAGCAAAGGUUUGAGAGGGCUUCGAUCAUGCUAUAUUCUGCCUCUUAACCACCCAAACCACUUAAAAGAGUGAGUCAUUCACCACUAGACUGGUGGUAAAUUUUGCAGUUUUUAUUGGCAGCGAUUCAAGAAUUCAUUCUUCAGCUUCACAGCAGGUUUCACACGUCAAGGGACAAUAUCUGUAAAUGAUAAACCUUGAGGUGUGGUAGUUUGAAGGAUUCUAAUUCCUGGGUCUUGAUUUUUGCAAGUCGAGAGCUAUGGUCCUCGGGAAUUUUACUGGGCAACAAUUCAAGACUUGUGAUUUGUUUGGCACCUGCUUACAUCCUUCUAAUUUCCUUCCAAUGCAGAGCAGAAGAGUUUGUAUGAUGCCGUUUGUGAUUGAAGCGAGGGCAAAUACCCGGACGGAAAGUGCAAAAAUUCGAAACAGGAGAAUACGGAAAAAGUUCAAUGGCACGCCCACAAAACCGCGACUUUCAGUCUUCUGUUCGGACAAACAAUUGUAUGCUGUACUGGUGGAUGACCAGAACAAGAAGUGCCUAUUCUAUGCCAGCACUUUACAAAAAUCCAUUCGCGAGAAUCCCCCAUGCAGCAAAAUCGAAGCUGCUGAACGUGUUGGUAACGAGCUUGUCAAGACUUGCGUUGAGCUCAAUAUUAAUGAGAUUUCACAGUACGAUUGCAAUGGUUUUGCUCGUGGAGAAAGGAUGCAAGCCUUUGAGACUGCAAUUGCUCAACAUGGGUUCUUGCUGUGUUAGACAAGGCAUCUAGAGACAGGUUUUUCAUAAACACUGUUUACGAAAACUGGAAAUAAAAUCACUAUGGUGCGGCGUGAGGACUGAAUUUGCAUUAUUUAGAGGCUUGUGAAACAAUGUACAUAUGUUGUGCCUGUUUGGUUGGAAUCUUUCAUUAGUGAUUUUGCAAAAUGCUUGUCAUAAAAUUGAUUUUGUAGUAAAUGCUCGUAAUUUUCGUAUCA